CCUAUAUGUCUUUAUAUACGUACGCUAACUACGAGCUUGAAAAGUUCUCCUUCUUUCAUAUACAACCACGGAAAACGUUUUUAAGUGUUCAACAUAAAAAAUAUGUUUACGUUAAAAUCUGUUUAUUCAUUAAUGUUCUUUAUUGUUCCAUCCUUGCAGGGAUACUGGUGGACUGUUGGUAACAUUGACAUGAAGAAAAUAUCACCUCAAACUCUUAUGACGCUGCAUAAAUUUACUGGACUUCAGAGAACUUUGAUAGCUAAUACGCCUAAACUACUCCCUGUCGCAGGAAAGGGGGCGUCUAUGGCCAUACAAGAGUGUAAAAAGCAAUUUGAAAAUAGAAGAUGGAACUGCGCCAAUUAUAGUUCAGAGUCAGUGUUCGGCAAAGUAUUAAAUAUAGCCUGCCGAGAAACAGCCUUCAUACAUGCUAUUACAUCAGCUGGUGUCACAUAUGCAUUGAUCGAAAGUUGCGCCAGCGGUUUCAUGAAACGAUGUCACUGUUCCGCUGAAUCAGGAAAAGGUACCCGAGUGAACAACUCUUGGAUAUAUGAUGGCUGCACUGAGAGUGUUCGGUUUGGUUAUCAGAGAGGAAAACAUUUUGUUGACGCGAAAGAAACAAGUCGAGAUUUUAAAUCCAUCGUUAACCUUCAUAACAACGAAGCUGGCAGAUUGGCUGUACUUGAUUCAAUGAAAAUAAAAUGCAAGUGUCAUGGCUUAUCCGGAGCCUGUAACGUCCAAACAUGCCGAAAAGUACUUCCAACAUUCCGACAAGUAGGCUAUCUACUCAAAGAAAAAUACAACACAGCUUCUAAAGUGGUGCCAGUACAAAUCACCGGAAGUCGACGUAUUACACGUAAUAACUUAGGACCAAGCAGUUCUAUACAUUUAAAACCAACAUUGAAAGACUUGGUUUACUUUGAAGAGUCGCCAAAUUUUUGCGUCCCAAGUAUAUCCGAAGGUUCGCUAGGAACACAAGGCAGAUAUUGUAACGCAUCCCUCAGAGCAAAAGGUGUUAAUGGCUGUGAACUUCUAUGCUGCGGUAGAUCUUGGAAAACGAAGAUUUUAAAACGUGUAGAAAACUGCAAGUGUCUUUUUGAAUAUUGUUGCACCGUGUCGUGCCAAAAAUGUACUGUAACACGCGAAUAUAGCACCUGUCUAUAAUGCUAUUCAUAAUAUACACUAUAUAACAAAUGCUCUUUCAAAACAGAGCAUGCAAGAGACACGAAAUUAUCCACAAGACGUAUAUAUAUCAGAUCACAGGCAAGUUACGUAAUGAUAAAGUAAUAUGAAAUAUAUUACUGUAUACACGUGUGUAUGUAUACUAACAUGUUUUAAGCAAUUUUUUUAAUAUAUAAGUUAUUUAAAUUAAUCAUGGUAGUGACAUUAACGGAUAUACUUCAGUUUAAUGAAAGUUCAGGGCUUCUCACAAGGCUUAUAAUGUUGUGGCAAAAAUAUUGACAUCUGGAAAGUUAUUUGCGUAUUUCAACGGUACCGCAGCCUAAGGAAAUAUUUUGCAUUUUCAAAAGUUUUUUACUUUCUUUUUAGGCAGUUCUCAAACAAAGUGAACUUUUAAGUCACACACGAGCUAAGGUCCACUCCACCACCUUUUCCUUAUGGGUAUUCUAAAUUGGUAUAUCUAUGCAUUACAUUUUAACUAGGUUAACAUAGUUCGAAUGGUAAGGUUAGUAGCAUCCACGUUUUCAUGUUGUAACAGUUAGAAAAAAUGUCGUCGGAUAUAACUGAUAAAAUAGAAUUCAACUUAUAUUCAGAUUGCCAAUAGCUAAUGAUGAAUAUUAGGAAAAUACACCCUUUACUUCUUAUCUGUCAAGAACCAAUUCAAUUUCCUGCAAUUAAAAUGGAAAUAAGGGCUUCAUCUUCUUCUUGAGAUACGGAUAUCUCCUACUUUUUUUAAAAAAUUAUUCAAGAACUAGUUUUAUGGAACAUAAUUUUCAGUCUGGAAAGCGAUCUCAAUAUGUAGUCCUGUAUUUUAUAUAAACACAGUUCCUGUACUUGAAUUUUACGUGAAAUCUGGCUUGUUCUUGUUCUGUUUUAUUAUACUCUUUUUAAGACAUCA